AUGAAGGAGGAGAUUGCAGCAGCUGUGUUCUUCGUGGCUCGGCUGGCGAAGCGCCAUGGUAGUUUAGAUGCUGAGAGCAGAGAGAGGUUUGCUGCUGCCCUCACCUCUGCUCUGUUUGAGACCUACAAGACCCACUGGUACCCACACACACCUGUCAAGGGACAGGCCUACCGGUCAGUACCCACACACCACACACACCACACCAAACACGGGCAAGAUUGCCUCAAUGGUUUUGUGUAGGUGCCUGCGUAUGAACCACGCCCAGCGGAAGGACCCCGUGUUGGAGAAGGCCUGUGUCUGGAGUGCUGUGUGCUACGAGAACCUGGGGUUGCCACGGGAGAUUACCAUCUGGGUCGACCCGGGGGAAGUGUCCUGCAGGUGAGUUCUACAAGGUUCUACUGCAGACUCUAGGGUCUAGAAAGUUCUACAGCAUCUAGGGUUCUAGAACGUUCUACUGGGCUCCAUGGUUCUAGAAGGUUCCAGGUGGGUCUACUGUAGCCUCUAGGUUCUACUGUCUCCACUGCACCAGUCUGUUGGCGGACAACUGGGAAGCCAGGGUCAUAUUCAUUAGGAUACACUGUUGAAAAAUGUUUUGAUACAGUGUAAACUAAUGAAUACGACCCAGGGUUGUGUUCAUUAGGGUACAUCAGAGUUGGUGUUUCUUAUUGGACCAGUUCAGAUAGAACCUCCCUGUGCUCGUUCUGUUAACCUGGCCCCCAGGGGAUGGGCUACUGUGCUGUGGCAGGAAGUAGUUGUGACGCGUUUCCUGUGUAGGUAUGGUGAGCGCAGUGUUCCCUUCUGCGUGACGCAGGGCUGUCACUGUGGUGACGGGGAGUUCUCCCGCCGAGUACAUGAUGCCGUGGAGCGGGCUGCCUCAGACAUCCAAUCAGGUGUUCUGGUUCUAAAUCUUAACUGCUUUUCUGUUUUACUCCUGUUUCUCAGACAUGACGGUUUAGAAUUCUCACCCUGAUUAUCAAAUGUGUUACAACAUGUAUUUGAAAUGUGUUUAAAUAAAGCUUUGAUUCGCUCCAAUCAGGAUCUUCCUCUGAGGGCGGGGACACCAGCAUGAGUAGCAGCUGCAGCAGCCUAUCAGCUCCCUGCCCUGCCCUGGGCCAAGCCCCCAACCCGGAACCCAAAACCAUUCCAACAGUCAGCAACCCAAACAGUGUCUACCAGGUAACUAACACUCGGAGCUCUCUGUGAUGUAACUAACCAGGGCACGGUUUCCCAAAAGCAUUUUAAGGCUAAAUUCAUCGUUAGAACCUUUGUAGGAGUGUUACAUUUCAGAUCUGUUUCCCAAAACCAUGGUUACUAAAGUUGAACCUAAAACACCCUACAGUUGAUUUCCUCUGCCCCGGGGAUAUCUAAUUGGCAUAAUAAAAAAUCUAAGUUAGAUCUGUUUUUUUUGCAUUGGAUGUCUCAAUUCACUGCAUAUGCAGAUGUCUCACUUCUGCAUCUGCAGUGGACGAGCUAGAAAAUCUGUCUUGCCACAGUUUGGCCUACAAACUACACUGAACAAAUAUAAACCCAACAAUUUCAAAGAUAUUACUGAGUUACAGGUUAUAUUAGAAAAUCAGUCAACUGAAAUUAAUUUGGCCCUAUUCGAUGGAUUUCAGAUGACUGGGAAUACAGAUAUGCAUCUGUCACAGAUACCUAUAAAAAUAAAAAAAUGGUAGCGGCGUGGAUCAGAACAAGACCGUCUCUGGCGUGACCACCACUUGUGACCGACCGGAUUGAUUCGGUCUUAUGUAGCAAAAUUUGAAUUGGAGUUUUUAACAUUGGAAAAAAGUAGAAUCAGAGCUCAAAUGGUAUAUUAUACACUACAGUUGAGGAACAAUGGGAAAGUAAUUCUGCUUUGAAAGUUGACUUGUAAACUCACAUUAGAGAGAAUGUUUUGGUAAAUACCGGAGAGCUCUGUCUACACCCGUUCAGCAUCGUUCACACCCUCUUAAGCCUUAGCCCCACCCAUCUCUUUAAGGAUUCACAUGUGAGGCCAUGUACUAAACAACCAAAGAGUUCAAGACUAAACAUUCAUUCAUUACGUUCACAUCAUUUAGCAGACGCUCUUAUCCAGAGCGACUUACAAAUUGGUGCAUUCAACUUAUGAUAGCCAGUGGGACAACCACUUUUCUUAUUUUUAAAGAAAAAAUUGUGGGUGGGGGGAGGUAGAAGGAUUACUUUAUACUAUUCCAGGUAUUCCUUAAAGAGGUAGGGUUUCAAGUGUCUCCGGAAGGUGGUCAGUGACUCCGCUGUCGUGGGGGAGCUUGUUCCACCAUUGGGGUGCCAGAGCAGCGAAUAGCUUUGACUGGGCUGAGCGGGAACUGUGCUUCCGUAGAGGUAGGGGGGCCAGCAGGCCAGAGGUGGAUGAAUGUAGUGCCCUCGUUUCAGCAUUAUCAUGCUGAAACAUGAGGCGAUGGCAGCGUAUGGCACAAAUCCCGCAGGUGUAGAAGCAGGAUGUGGAGGUCCUGGGAUGCUGUGGUUACACGUGGUCUGGGGAGGUCCUGGGAUGCUGUGGUUACACGUGGUCUGGGGAGGUCCUGGGAUGCUGUGGUUACACGUGGUCUGGGGAGGUCCUGGGAUGCUGUGGUUACACGUGGUCUGCGGUUGUGAGGCCGGUUGGACGUACUGCCAAAUUCUCUAAAACUAAAUAUUCCGUAUGCACAUCUGAUUUCUCUCAAAUUUUGUGCACAAAUGUUUACAUGCCUGUUAGUGAGAAUUUCUCCUUUGCCAAGAUAAUCCAUCCACCUGACAGAUGUAGCAUAACAAGAAGCUGAUUAAACAGCAUGAUCAUUACACAGGUGCACCUUGUGCUGGGGACUAUUUAUAAGGCCACUCUAAAAUGUGCAGUUGUCACAACACAGUGCCACAGAUGUGAAGUUUUGAGGGAGCGUGCAAUGGGCAUGCUGACUGCAGGAAUGUCCACCAGGUGCUGUUGCCAGAGAAUUGAAUGUUAAUUUCUCUUCAAUAAGCCAUCUCCAACGUCAUUUGAGACUCCCAACCGCAGACCACGUGUGUGAACGGUUUGCUGAGGUCAAUGUUGUGAAUAGUGUUCCCAUGGUGGGGUUAUGGUAUGGGCAGGCAUAGGCUAUGGACAACGAACAAAAUUGCAUUUUAUCGAUGGCAACUUGAAUGCACUGAGAUGCUGUGGCGAGAUCCUGAGGCCCAUUGUCGUGCCAUUCAUCCGCCACAAUCUCCUAAUCUUUCAGCAUGAUGAUGCACGUCCCCAUGUCGCAAGGAUCUGUACACAAUUCCAGAUAGCUGAAAAUGUCCCAGUUCUUCCAUGGCCUGCAUACUCACCAGACAUGUCACCCAUUGAGCAUGUUUGGGAUGCUCUGGAUCUACGUGUACGACAACGUGUUCCAGUUUGCGCCAAUAUCCAGGAACUUCCCACAGCCAUUGAAGAGGAGUGAGACAACAUUCCACAGGCCACAAUCAACAGCCUGAUCAACUCUACGUGAAGGAGAUGUCUUUCUGCUUGAGGUAAUGGUGGUCACAUCAGAUACGGACUGGUUUUCUGAUCCAUGCACCUACUUUUGCAGAUCUGUAUUCCCAGUCAUGUGAAAUCCAUAGAUUAGUGCCUAAUGAAUUUUUCAACUUCCUUAUAUGAACUGUAACUCAGUAAAAUCGUUAAUUGUUGCAUUUUUGUUCAGUAUAUUUAAUGUAGCCUAAUGUGCACAAUAUGCCAUAUCAUUGACUUAGGUCAUAUUUAUUAUAAUUAUAGGGUAAAUAUUAGAAUGAGCCAAAGGUGAUAUCUCUCUAGGAGCUGAUCCGUUGUCAGUAUUGUGGGCUAAUUCUAAUGUUAAGGUAAGAUUUGAAUGGAGAAAGCUGACCUGAGAGCAGCGCUGCCUUUCGAGCAUAUCAGUAUUGGCGCAUGCCUCAACGACACCCUUACCAAACAUUCUCUCGGAGUGGUGUUUUUGGGGAAACCCAUGGAAAAUCUUAGGAUGUUGUAGGAAAGGUGCAUCUUUAAAUCACUCCUAAGAGUAAGUACCAUAACUAUUGGGAACCGAUAGCUCAGUUGGUAGAGCAUGGUGCUUGCAACGCCAGGGUAGUUGGUUCGUUUCCCACAGGGGGCCAGUAUGAAAAUGUAUGCACUCACUAACUGUAAGUCGCUCUGGAUAAGUGCGUCUGCUAAAAUGUAAAAAAAAUCCUGUAAGGAGUGUGUAAUGUAACUAACCAGGUUCUGGUUUCCCUUAAGCGAUUGUAAUAAUCAUUUUUUGAUUAAAAAAAAAGUUUUUAAUGAUUCAUCUUAACUACAACUGCCGACGAUGUACCCUGUGUUUCCCUGAACACCAGGCAGAGAGAAUGUUCUGAGGCAGUGUUGCAACUGAUAGGAUCGAAAGGCUGCUCUAGGAUUAGAUUUCUUAAUUUCAAACCUUACCUUUGAAUUAUUCCACAAUACUGAUGGAUCAGCUCCUAGAGAGAUUACCACCUACGGAUGCAGACUCUGAUGCGUCUUAUUCUACCCAAUACAAAUGCACUAAAUCACUGAUUUGGCACUUUGCGCAGAUGUUAGGCUACACAUGAAAUAUAUUGAGACAAAUUACAAACCGUAGCCUACAAGUAGCAAACUAGAACUACAUUUAUUGAUCAUAAAACAUAUUUAAUUAUUCUAAAUGGGCCUAUAGCCUAUUUUAAUGCAGUCAUCCAUUUUUAAUUUGAAGCAUCUUAUGUUUGUAUCAAUCGACAUUGACAACUUUUAUAUUUGUAGGCAACUUUGUACUGACGGUCUGCGGUCACAGAGACUAAAAAAAUUUGAUUUUUGUUUAGUGGAAAUCUUCGGUGCAUAAAAUGACGUUGGAGUGCCAAAACACAUCUAACGAUGCAGUGGUUAUAUUACUAGUGUUUAAGUGCAACUUUAGUAGCUAUGGUUUUGGGGAAACUGCUUGGAGAUUUAACGAUGCUUCUACGAAGAUUCUUACAAUGAACUUGGCCUUAUGAUGCUUUUGGGAAACUGGGCCCUGUAAGCUCUGGGGGUUUAGAUACUCUUGUUGUGUUCAAGACCUUGUAGAAAAAUGAGUUUCCCACUUGGAGAAUAUCAGAAACAACCAAUCGGAACCUCUAUGCAAAAUGCACACAAAUGAACUUUCCGAGUUUUCUUGAACACCAACUGAUGUUUUCAAUAACUUGUUGAGAUUUAGAUGCUGUGUAACUCUCUCGCUCUGUUCCAGUUCAGUGAGUUUGCUCCAGCGCCAUCCCCUCCAGCCUGGUCAGCUUACCCCAAGAGGAAGGCCUUCCCUGGGGACAGCUACCCUCCUCACGGCCCCCCCUCUGGACCUCAGUUCGCCCAGCAGCAGCACAGCCAGUUCCUGCCUCAUAAAAGCUUCAAACCUUACAGAGCCACCUCCUCCUUCAAUGGGCCCAGACAGGACAAAUACCACUGGGUCAGCAAGAACCGCUCCUAG